CACUUCCCUAGGGGAAGCUCGAGCCCAUGUUCAUCGUCGCUUUUGGUGCGGAGUAGAUGAUAGCGGUAUGCCCAAUAUGAUAGGAUAUGGAGCUAUGAUAGCGACCGCGACCGAUCCGGCUAAAUGGGUAGUUGGAGAAAACCUCGGAAUUUCGCAGGACGACAGAUUCGGGGACGUUCAUGGUGCGUUUUCAUUAUUAUCCGGCAUGCCAGAGCCGUUGCGGCUGAUUACGAGCAACCCGGAAAUUCUAUUCUUUCCCACCCAAGGACUCGUAUGAUCCAGAUAACCAUGCGCUCGUUUAAUGCAAUGAUAAUUGAUGGUUCUAAUCUAGCCCUCAGAGGUGUUCUUUCGCCAAGGCCUUGCCCGAUACAACUUUGAUAAUCACAGGAAGCGCCAUUUUCUCGUUGCGUAUAGCUAC